AUGAAGUCUCUAUAUUUGUUCUUGGGCCUUUGGGUUCUUGGAGGUUGUUUCCUGACUGCUGCGUGUCACAGAGGCCAUAGAGGACAAUAUGAUCCUAGAGGACCACCACCUCCUCCUCUCUUCGGCCCAGGAUUUGCCCGACAACCCCAUCCUCCUCCCUUUGGUCCAGGAGCUGCCCGACCACCCCCUCCUCCUCCCUUUGGUCCAGGAGCUGCCCGACCACCCCCUCCUCCUCCCUUUGGUCCAGGAGCUGCCCGGCCACCCCCUCCUCCUCCCUUUGGUCCAGGAGCUGUCCGGCCACCCCCUCCUCCUCCCUCUGGUCCUAAUCCACCUUCUGUAACAAGCCCUCCACAAACCCCAACUCCAAUUGGUCCUAUUCUCACUGAAACUCCUCUCCCAAUACCAGAAAAUACACCUAGUGCUAACAUCUCCCUACCUACUCCUAUUGCCUAA